AUGGAUGCGGUGUCGAUCCGGGUGCCGUAUAAGAAUUUGAGGCAAGAAGUGGAAUUGGUGGGCGUGGAUGAAUCGGAACUGCGUCGGUUACAGAUCCAUUCGUCUAAUUCCUCAUCGUCCCCGUCCAGGAUAUCCGACAGCGGAGAGACGCCACCGGAUUCGAAUCAGAACCAAAAUGUUGAGCCUCCGAAAAAUUGUAGCUUGAUUACGUUGAUCUUGAUUUGUACGGUCGCUGCUGGAGUUCAAUUCGGCUGGGCAUUACAGCUCUCCCUUCUCACUCCUUACAUUCAGACACUUGGUAUAGGACAUGCAUUUGCUUCAUUUAUCUGGCUUUGUGGUCCCAUAACAGGCCUUGUGGUUCAACCUUUUGUUGGUAUAUGGAGUGAUAAGUGCUCUUCAAAAUAUGGUAGAAGAAGGCCAUUCAUUUUUGUUGGAUCUCUCAUGAUCUCAGUUGCUGUGAUAAUAAUUGGGUUUUCUGCAGACAUUGGUUACCUUUUAGGAGAUACAAAAGAACACUGCAGCACAUUUAAAGGAACUCGCUUGAGGGCAGCUAUUAUCUUCAUAAUUGGGUUUUGGAUGCUGGACCUUGCAAACAACACAGUGCAGGGUCCAGCUCGAGCUCUCCUGGCCGAUUUAUCUGGUCCUGAUCAAAGAAACUCAGCAAAUGCUAUAUUUUGCUCCUGGAUGGCAGUUGGAAACAUUCUUGGAUUUUCUGCUGGGGCUAGUGGAAAUUGGCACAGAUGGUUUCCAUUUUUGACGAAUAGAGCUUGUUGUGAACCAUGUGGGAAUCUGAAAGCAGCAUUUUUGAUUGCAGUGGUGUUCCUGACACUUUGCACGCUUGUGACUCUCUACUUUGCAAAGGAAGUUCCGUUGAUACCAAAGCAACAUCACCGUCUAUCAGACUCUGCUCCUCUCUUGGAUGAUCCUCAAGAAAAUGGUUCUGACCUUUUAAAAUCAAAAACUGAUACAAAGUCAAUGGAUAAUAGCCCGGGGAGUAAGGCUGUUAAGGAUUAUGCAAUGGAUAACAAUUUUAGUAACCAAGGGCUAAAAGAUGGGGAAGAUCAUGAUGAAAAUUUCAUAGAUAGUCCUAAUGCAGUUUUGGUCAAUUUACUGACUAGCUUACGCCAUUUACCACCAGCAAUGCAUUCAGUGCUAAUAGUCAUGGCAUUGACUUGGAUGUCCUGGUUUCCCUUUUUUCUCUUUGACACGGAUUGGAUGGGGCGAGAAGUUUUUCAUGGGAACCCAAAGGGAGAUGUCUCUGAAGUUCAAGCUUAUAAUGAAGGUGUCAGAGAAGGUGCAUUCGGUUUAUUAUUGAAUUCCGUUGUUCUUGGCAUCAGCUCCUUCUUUAUUGAGCCAAUGUGUCAGUGGAUGGGAGCGAGAUUAGUUUGGGCUGCGAGCAAUUUUAUCGUGUUUGCCUGCAUGGCAGGCACUGCUCUUAUUGGUUUUGUAUCUGUGAGACAAUCCUCAGAAGGGGUUCAACAUGUCAUUGGGGCGAAUGGAGCUACUAAGAUUGCCUCUUUGGUUGUUUUUGCUCUUCUUGGCCUUCCUCUUUCUGUCACGUACAGCGUGCCCUUCUCUGUUACUGCCGAGUUGACUGCUGAUUCAGGAGGCGGCCAAGGGCUGGCCAUUGGAGUACUAAAUCUUGCUAUAGUCUUACCUCAGAUGAUUGUGUCCCUUGGUGCGGGUCCGUGGGACCAAUUAUUUGGUGGUGGAAAUAUACCGGCUUUUGUCCUGGCAUCAAUAUCUGCCUUGGCAGCUGGUGUCAUUGCAAUUAACAGGCUUCCAACUCUUAAUAGCAGUUCCUACAAACCAACUGGCUUCCACUUUGGUUGA